AUGUUAUGUACCUAUCUAUCUAUCUAUCUAUCGAUCUAUUCGCAUGUUCCAUGUACCUAUCCAUCUAUCUAUCUAUCUAUCUAUCUAUCUAUCUAUCUAUCUAUUUCAUAUGUACCCAUCUAUCCAUCCAUCUAUCUAUCUGUUCCCUAUGUGUACCUAUCAUCUAUCUAUCUAUCUAUCUAUCUAUCUAUCAAACCUAUCAUCUAUCUAUCUAUCUAUCUAUCUAUCUAUCUAUUUCGCAUAAUUCUACCUAUCUAUUUAUCUAUCUAUCUAUCUAUCUAUCUAUCUAUCUAUCUAUCUAUCUAUCUAUCUAUCUAUCCUGUGCAUGUUCAUAUAAACCUAUCAUCUAUCUAUCUAUCUAUCUAUCUAUUUCUUUAUAUUCAGCAUGUACCUAUCUAUCUAUCUAUCUAUCUAUCUAUCUAUAUCUAUUUCCGUAUGUUCAUUUCUAUCUAUCUAUUAUAUCUAUUUCCAUUAAUUAAUAUGUACCUCAUCUAUCUAUCUAUCUAUCUAUCUAUCUAUCUAUCUAUCUAUUUCCGUUAUGUUCACAUGGUAUAUCCAUUAUCUAUCUAUCUAUCUAUCUAUCUAUUUCCCGUAUGUUCAUAUGUACCUAUCUAUCUAUCUAUCUAUCUAAUUCUAUUCCUAUCUUCUAGUAUCUAUCUAUCAUCUAUCUAUCUAUUCCCAUGGCACAGCACCCCAAUCUAUCUAUCUAUCUAUCCAUCUAUCUAUAAAUUUCAAUCCAUAAAUAUCUAUCACCUAUGUUCUAUCCAUCCAUCCAUAUCUAUCUAUCUAUCCAUCCAUCCAUAUCUAUGUAUCUAUCUAUCUAUCUAUCUAUCUAUUUCCGUAUGUUCAUAUGUUAUCUAUCUAUCUAUCUAUUUCCAAUAUAUCUAUCUAUCUAUUUAUUCAUUGUACCUAUCAUCUAUCUAUUUAUCUAUCAUAUUCAUCUAUAUGUUCAUAUCUAUCUAUCUAUCUAUCUAUCUAUCUAUCUAUCUAUCUAUUUCCCGUAUGUUAUAUAUAUCUAUAUAUCUAUCUAUCUAUCUAUCUAUCUAUUUCCAUGUUUAA